AUGGAGUAUUUGAAAACAAAUUUUUUAUCACAUUCUGAAGAUGUGACAGAGAAUCAAUUAGAGCCAUCGUAUUUUGAGCCAAUUUCAUAUCAAAAUAAUGAUAUCGAUAUCUCCAAUCAACAAAAUGUUCAUCAAAAUUACUUUCCUAUUUUCUAUGAAUAUAGAAACAUGGAGAGGCAUAAUGUGUUUGAUAAUGCGUGUGAUACUGAUAGCAACCAGUGGGAGUGGUCAGGAUGGGACGAUGUCACUAUAAAGGAAGAAAAUGACGCGGAAGUAGGUGGUACCACAUCUGGCCUAAGUGAAGAAGAGUUGAGAUCGACCGCUAGCAGUCGUAAAGAACGAACUGCCUUCACUAAAGCGCAGAUACGAAGCCUGGAAGAGGAGUUUUCUCGUGCCAACUAUCUCACUAGACUCCGGAGAUACGAGAUUGCUGUCGCCUUAAAUCUUACCGAAAGACAGGUAAAGGUUUGGUUCCAGAAUAGAAGAAUGAAAUGGAAAAGAACUAAAGGCGUUUCAAAACACACAAAGAAGAAAGAGGCAAUAGUUAAAAUUAAUUAAAAACAUAGAUUAUAUUAUUGUAAAUAGGCAAU